AUGCCUAUCUGGCUGGCAAGAUGGGCUGGGACAAUGUGGUUCUGGAGACUAUCAGUGAGUUGUCACAUGUCCAGAAGUUUAUGCUGUGCUGUUGGAAAAGCUAAACAUGUUAUCUACCUAGCUUUUCUGGACCAGGUUUUCCGUGCUGGUCCCACUAGGGUUUUCGGUUUCAUCGCCAACAAGCGUACGCUUAUCCACCCCCAGAGCUCUGAGAGCAUGCCUCUCAACGCUCUCACCGAGGCCAUCAAGGGCAUUUACUCUGCCAUUCGCCUGAACUCGUCCAACAUCACCGGCGGUCAGGGCCUCGGCGUCAAUGUCGACGUCGCCAACAACACCUACUUCAUUGGUCAGAACAUGGCUCAGCUGGCCCGCCACUUGGUCAUCAACUUGUGCCCCAAUGUCGGCCCCCACAAGCCUGAUGAGUUCUUCCAGUUUGUCAAGCCUGUCCAGGACAAGAACGGCAAAUGGGGCAUGUCUGCCGGGCUCAAGGCUCUCCGCCGCUUGACGAAUCUUCGCUUCAGGGUCACUCAUCGCGGCAAGAAGGACAAGAAUGGGAACCUGAUCCCCUCCCCCAUCUACAGGGUCAAGGGCGUCGUGUUUGAGCCAAAGUAUGGUCAGGAGGGUGCGUCGGCCAAGAAGGUCACUUUUCAACGCAAGGAAUUCAAUGAGGCCACGCAGGAGAUCACCACCUCCGAGAUGUCCAUUUACGACUUCUACGAGCUUCAUUACAAGAAGCGUCUUCGUCUCUGGCAGCUGCCUCUGAUUGAGACCAACAAGGCCGGGUACUUUCCCAUGGAGCUCUGCGAGGUGGAGCGCUUUUGCCCCUACCCAUUCAAGCUUGAUGGAGACAUGACCACCAAGAUGUUGCGGUUUGCUGUCCAGGCUCCCAAGGAGCGUAAGAUGCAGAUCGAGAAGAUGGUUGCCCAGCUCCAGUGGGGCAAUGACAGGUUCCUCAAGCAAUUCGGCAUCCAGAUGGACAGCACCAUGCCCAGGGUCGAAGCCCGUGUCAUUCCCAACCCCGGCAUCUCAUUCGGCAACAAGAUCGUCAAUCCCGGAGUGAGUGGUCGCUGGGAUCUUCGUGGGCUCAAGUUCAUUGAGCCCAACCCACAGCCACUCAAGUCGUGGGGCAUCUGCGUCACCCAGGACUGCUGUGACCAGCCCACUGUCGCCGCCUUCUACAAGAACUGGUCCAAUAUCUACAAGGGCCACGGUGGGCGGAUCCAAAAUGACCCCAUCAUCUUCCGGGCCCAGGGCAGUCAGUACACCGAGGUCGUCCAGAAUGCCUGGCAUACGGUCGGCAAGAAAUUCAAUGCCAACCCUCAGAUCAUCUUCUUCAUCCUCAAGGACAAGUCGGCUUGGUACUACGAGCGCUUGAAGCGCAGCUCAGACUGCCGCUAUGCCAUGCCGACGCAGAUGUUGAACCUUCAGCAGGUCCGGAAGGGCCAGGCGCAGUACUGCUCCAACGUCUGCUUGAAGGUCAAUGCCAAGCUAGGUGGAUGCACUGCCGUGGCCGUCAAGACUCAGGCUGGGCAGCCGCUCAAGCCCAACUCUGUGGCGCCGCACUUUGACAACACGCCUACCAUGUUUAUUGGUGCUGAUGUUUCUCACGGCGCUGCUGGUCAUCUGUCGCCUUCGGUUGCUGCCAUGACUGUCUCCAUGGACAAGGCGGCCACCAAGUACGCCGCCGGUGCCCAGACCAAUGGCUGGCGGGUUGAGAUUAUCCAGCCUUACAACAUGAUGCAGAUGCUACAGCCCAUGAUUAAACAGUGGCGCCAGCGGAACGGUACGUUUCCCAAGCGCGUAUUCUACAUGCGCGACGGUGUCUCUGAGGGCCAGUACGCCCACGUCAUGCAGCACGAGUUCCCGGCCAUGAAGAAGGCGUUCGAGGCGGCCAUGGCUAGUGAGAAGGCUGCCGCCCCGCUCUUCACCAUCAUCAUUGCCACCAAGCGUCACCACAUCCGCUUCUUCCCUGACAGCAACGCGGCGGACAAGAACGGCAACGCCCUCCCGGGCACCCUGGUUGAGCGUGAGGUCACCCACCCCUUCCAGUACGAUUUCUAUCUCUGCUCCCAUGUGGCCAUCAAGGGCACGGCACGCCCUGUUCACUACACGGUUCUGCACGACGAGGUCAAGCUGCCUCCUGCCAAGCUUCAGGAGAUGAUCUAUCACCAGUGCUACCAGUAUGUGCGGUCCACCACUCCGGUGUCUCUGCACCCUGCCGUGUACUAUGCCCACUUGGUGAGCAACCGCGCGCGUCCCCACGAGAUGGGCCUCUUCACCGACCGUGUCCCCGAGGACGUCAAGCAUGGUAUCCUCCGCGCGGCUCUGGGCAACUAUGCCAAGUUGCAGAAGGCCAGGAAGGCCAGGCAGAAGGACAGCCAGACCUCCCAGAGCGACGAGCGCGACAAGAUCUGCCCCAAGCUCAUGCCCCUUGGACGGGAGGCCAAGCCCGGGGCCAAGGAGGCGUUCGAGGCGGGUAUGUGGUUCGUCUAA